GGUCCGGAACGCAAGCACCAGCCGUUUGCCUUGACUUUUGUCGCCUGCGAGUCCUCUGCUCGAGCCACCGUCUGCCGCCCCGGAUACCGAUAGUCUCCUGCAUCGCCAUCCCUCUGCGAAGAAGCCGUCAUGAUUGUCGCUCGAGCUGCCCUUUCGCGAGGAGUCCCCGCCCGCUUCGCCUUCCAGAACCCCAUCUUGGCCAUCCAGCGAUCUCGCUUCAACACCUCCAACGUCACCCGCGAUGCUGAUAACGGCAAGCCCACGCUCCAGGUCGACGCUUUUGCCCGUUCCCAGCGCCUCGGCCGCCCCAGAAGCCCUCACCUGGACAUUUACCAGCCCCAACUCACCUGGGUCAUGUCCGGUGCCUUCCGUGUGACUGUGGUUCCCAUCGGCCUGGGCUUCUAUGCUCUCUCUGCUCUUUACGGCAUCGUUCCCUUCGACUCUGGAGCUCUUGCUAGCGCCAUCCACUCCCUCCCCGGCGCCGCGAUCCUGCUUGGCAAGGCCGCCGUUGCUUUCCCAGCCACCUACCACGCUCUCGGCGGCAUCCGCCACUUGCUCUGGGACACUGGAUCCAACCUCACCAUUCCCGGCGUUUACCGAAGCGGUUACGUCGUCCUGGCCGGCACUGUCCUCAUUGGCUCAUACCUGUGCACCCUCUAAGCACGUGGCCUCUCCAAAUCAAUACACCCUCCUCCCCUUCGCACUUUA